AUGUCCCAUCUGCUUCCUCCCACUAAGCGAACACUUAACUCUUCGGACAAUGUUCCUCUUCCCUCUGGGGACUGUCAAUUAAAUGGUAGUGGAUCAGGACCCCGAGCUUUGCUUAAAUCGAUGCGCGAGUGUAGAAAGAUAUCAAAACUUGAGUGGAGUCACCUUCAUCGAUCCAUUCGCAAUGCUACCUCAUACAAUCGUCUUGGCGUCAAUGAUCUUCGAAACAUUCUACGUGCUGCCAUCGGCGUUCAGUUGUCCGACGAGCAAGUUUAUGAACUAUUGAAUCGUUUCGAUCCGCAAAUGUCGGGCACUCUGCCAUAUAGCAAGGUUUUACAGGAACUCGAACAGACUUAUACUGGAGUGAGUGGGCCACCCACAUCUCUGACUCCAAAUAAAGAGAUUAAGACAUGCGUUACAAAAAAGAACAAUGAAACUCAAGCCAAUUUAAAGCUAAUCAAAGAGGCCGAAGAUGGCAGGAAAGUCUAG